UUGUCAAAGUUCACUUUAAUGCAUAAGUGUGCAUCAGAGCAAAUGUCUCUAUAUGGAUAUUUAUACAUACAUACGUUUUGUGUAUCUGUAAUAGAGAGUGGAAGUGUGAAGUUACGUUUGGCAGCUUUAGACACACCCACAGGUCUGAUGUCAGGAGUUUCUAGUGUCACUCGCAGGUCCUGGAACAUCUUUUUCUUUUAGGCCGGAUUUACCAGUACAUGGUGAAUUUCAUUUGUUAGCUUCAGUCCUGCUCUGCCAAAUCUCACAGCAUGUCGGGUGCCUACGAUGAGUCCGCCAUGUCCGACGAGACCACGGAGAGUUUCUGGGAGGUUGGGAACUACAAGCGUACAGUAAAGCGAAUCGAGGAUGGCCAUCGACUCUGCAAUGACAUGAUGAGUUGCAUCCAGGAGCGUGCCAAGAUCGAGAAGUCCUAUGCGCAGCAGCUCACUGAUUGGUCCAAGAGGUGGAGGCAGCUGGUGGAGAGAGGGCCGCAGUACGGGACUUUGGAGAGAGCCUGGGUCGCUCUGAUGACCGAAGCAGAAAAGGUGAGCGAGUUACACCAGGAGGUGAAAAAUAACCUGCUGAACGAGGACUUGGAGAAGGUGAAGAACUGGCAGAAAGAGGCCUACCACAAACAAAUGAUGGGUGGCUUCAGAGAAACCAAAGAAGCGGAGGAGGGUUUCCGGAAAGCCCAGAAACCUUGGGCCAAAAAGCUGAAAGAGUUGGAAACAGCAAAGAAAACAUACCACAUGGCCUGCAAAGAAGAAAAAAUUGCAUCUACAAGGGAGUCUAAUAGCAAAGGAGAGGCGUCAGUCACAUCAGAUCAGCAAAAGAAACUCCAGGAGAAGUUGGACAAGUGCAAAAACGAUGUUCAGAAGGCUAAAGAGAAAUACGAGAAGAGCCUUGAUGAGCUCAGCAAGUGCACGCCGCAGUACAUGGAGAACAUGGAGGUGGUGUUUGAGCAGUGCCAGCAGUUUGAGGAGAAGAGGCUGAACUUCCUCCGCGAGGUGUUUCUGGACAUCAAACGCCAUCUUAAUCUCACCGAGAGCCAAAGCUAUGCCGCAGUCUACAGGGAGCUAGAGCGAAGAGUGAGCUCUGCCAGUGCUCAAGAAGACCUCAAGUGGUUCAGCAACGUCCACGGGCCAGGCAUGCACAUGAACUGGCCGCAGUUUGAGGAGUUCAACCCAGAGCUGAACCACUCCAUUAAUAAGAAAGAGAAGGUGAAGAGGAACCAUGAUGGAGUCACGCUGACUCAAGUCACACAUGCUGUAGAUCAGGGCACACCGCAGACUGCAUACCGGGGCAGCGUGAGCAGCUAUGAGAAGAACCAGCAGUGCUCUGCCGAAUGGUCCGAUGACGAGCAGCCGCCUGCCGCACAAACAGCCAGUGAAACAAACGGGAGUGGAAAUAAUCUGUUCGAAGAGGAGAGUAAAGGAGUGCGAGUGAGAGCGCUGUAUGACUACGAGGGCCAAGAACAAGACGAGCUCACAUUUAAAGCAGGAGACGAGCUGAUCAAACUGGAGGAUGAGGAUGAGCAGGGCUGGUGCAAAGGCCGGCUGGACAGCGGUCAGCGUGGCUUGUUCCCGGCUAACUACGUCGAGUCCGUUUAGUUGCCUUGUGCAGUGAAGAAGGCCUUAAAGACUUUACCCCGCACUGCUCAAAUGCCAGAUUUUGGAGAAACAAUUUCCUUCCCCGAUUGACUUCCUGAGAAGCUUUACACAGCAUUUCCUUAAAACCAUAACAAAAAAAAAACCCUACAGUAUCCAAAACACAUAUCGUACCCCAGCAAGAGCAGGGAAUGAUUCUGUGCGUCUCUGUAGCCAUGUUCAGUAUGAAUUAUUGUGCUGCUGACAUGUGUUCACGUUUGGGUCUCCUGUAACAAUAUUAAUGUGGUGAUGUCCAUGAAGCCUAGCAUAGCGAGAAUCAGCUAUGUGAUGUGUAUACUAGACUUUUUUUUUGAAGUGGAGGUUUUGUGCUAAACCUUUCUCAUGUAUCAACAUGAAACAUCCAUUUUCAAUCCAUUUUACUUAGAUAAUUAGAUGUAUUUUCAAUGAGAAAAAAUGUAGGGCGGGACUUGAUUUUAUGCUAAUUGGAUCAUGAAAAGUAGGCGUUACUUACCGGAAAGGAUCCACACGGUUGAGGGGAGGGGCUUAAGAAAUUAAAGGGCUUGAUGACAUCAUUCAACAAGGAGAUUCAUUACAGAGGCAGAGCGUUAUUAUUUUUAAAUGUAUUUUUCUUGAUGAAUUGCAGAAGUGCAAAUGAUGCCUCAAAAAACAUUAAAUUCACUUUUCCUUGUG